UGAUCGUUCGAGAUAACGCCGAAUGAAAGGCUUUGAUUUGGAAAAGCAGCUUUAGAAAAUCGAGCAUUAUAUUUUGGGUUGCACUCCCGGUUUUACGCAACAGGAUCAAACCUGUCCAAUCAGAAAAAAAUGGGAGAUGUUUCAGCAGACAUGAUUACUGUAGAGAUGCUCAGAGAGGCCUGUGAGACUGUGAGGUGCAGCCCGAUGGAUGUUAUCAAGACGCCGAUGAUCCCAUGGAGCCAAACCACACUGCCACUCCACACCUCCUGCAAUAUUCACAUCAAACUGGAGAACAUGCAGCGCACAGGUUCGUUUAAAAUAAGAGGUGUUGCAAACCAGUUUGCCAAGAGACACAAAGGGGACCAUUUUGUGACCAUGUCUGCUGGGAAUUAUGGGAAAGCUUUUUCAUACGCAUGCAAGCAUUAUGGAUCCAAAGGCAAAGUGGUGAUGCCAGAAACUGCUCCCAUCUCCAGAUCUGUGCUUAUACAAAAUUUGGGAGUUGAGGUUGAAAGAGUCCCAACUACUCAGCUCAUGGGUGUUGUAAACCGGUGUGUUCAAGAGGACGGCAUGACUUUCCUUCAUUCCAUUGAUGAUCCUGACCUCAUCGCUGGACAUUCCAGCUUAGGUUUUGAGAUCCUGGAUGUCGUACCCUAUCCAGAUGUGGUGGUUGUUUGCUGUGGUGGUGGAGGGUUACUUUCUGGUGUGGCCGCUGCCAUCAAACUGUCUGGUUGUGAAGACACAAAGAUCUAUGGAGUUGAACCAGAAGGAGCAUGUACAAUGUAUAAGAGCUUCAUUGAGAAGAGGCCUGUUGGUAUGGACGCUAAAAGCAUUGCUUCAGGGCUGGCACCUCCAUUUGCAGGAAUGCUUGCGUAUCAGCUUUGUCAGAGGUAUGUGGAGAAGAUUGUGCUGGUGAGCGACGAGGAGAUCAAAUCUGCCGUUUCCACGCUUUACAAAGCCGGUCUGGUUGUUGAACCUUCGGGCACUGCUGCGUUCACUGCCAUCAUCAAUGACAAAAUACCAGAUAUUCAGGAUAAGAAUGUGGUGGUGAUUCUCAGUGGAGGAAAUAUUGGCAAAGAUGAGCUUAACAACUUCCCAGACUGAGAAUUAAAAAAAAAAAAGUCUUACCAAUCUACAUAUCUUUACAAAUAUUGUUGGGUUAGUUACUUCAAAAUAGCUAUUCAUUACUAAUUACAUUAUUAUAAAAAUGUAUUUUAAUUACUUUUUUUAAAUGACAAAAAUAACUUAAUUACUUAAUAAUUAACUGAAUUUCUUAAGUCAACACGACUUAAAUUUUCCUAUUAAUCUCAAUGCAUAGAAACUAAACUCUUUAAUUAUUUAAAGUUGAGCCAUUAUCUUUAUUAAAAGUGCAACACUUGAAGAAAAAUAAACAUGAUGUAUGUAAAAACACAAAAAAUUUAAAGCAAUGACCUAUUUCUAUUUAACCAAAAUCUUCGAAAAAAGAAUUAUUCUGCAAAAUACAUUUGUUUACCCCAAAAAACUGCUCUUUUUCACGAAUAGAUUGAAUUACAGUAUUUAAGGCAAGUAUAUUAUAAUUAAAUGACCUAAAAAUGAAGUUAUCUCUAACUUUUUAAGGUAAAAGUAAUCUAAUUACAGUAACUAGUUACUUUGUAACUAAUUACACCCAACACUGAUUACAAACACAUACCUUUUAUAUAUUUAGCCUUUUCUGAAGUAGAAGAAGAAAAAACAAAAUCACCUUUCUCCUUUCCAUAGAAUACCUUUAAAAAAUGGGCUCCAUAAAAAUAUAAGCAAGCGUAAACUUGUAAAAUAAUAAAAUUGAGGUUUAGAAAUACACGAUGAGGAUAAGAAAAUGACGUAUUUUCAUUUCGGGGUAACUUUUUUUGUCAAGUUAAUGUACUGACAACUAAAUGUUGUUUUUAUAAUUAAUUACACUAAUAAUUUACAGUACAAAUUGUACAAUCAUCAGCAAAUUACAUGGAUACCUGUUGAAUAUGAAAACACAGUAAAUAAACUAAUAAAUGUGAACUUGUAAAAAUAAAAUGUGCUGUGAAAAGUGUA